CCCUUGGUUUAGCAAUAAGAAAAGAAAACAUUUUAUUAUAAAGCUUUAACAUGGUGGAAAAUCUAUAAAAUGUUAUUAGUCACGUAAUAAGGGGAGAAAUAUUUGACGAAUAUGUGUAUAUUUUCAAGGAUUGAACGGAUUUAUUUGCGUGCUUAAUUAGUUACACUAAUGUAUAUUUAAUAUAAAUGGUGACAAGUUAAAUGAUGGAAUAUACAAACAUUCACUUCUAAGAUCGUGUCUUUUACACCAUUCUGUAAAAAAAGGUUUUAGAAAAAUGGGUUGUGUCAGUACAUUACCACGAUGGGCUGCGGAAGCUCCUCUACGGCCGUCAAGGAGAUAGAUAUCCGGCGCUCCCCGUCCGCCGCCUCUUCGAACAGUGGUGCCAGACGAAAAAAGCAGAAGCGGAAGUCGUCUUCUUCGUCUUCUUCGUCUUCCUCAUCGGACGACAGCAGGCGCCACGCGUCACGUCAUAAGUCGCAUGACAAGAGCGAAAAGGGUAAAGACUCUUUUGGUAAAGAAAACGAGGUUCUUGAGAGUAAUAAUGCCCCAGCGAGUAAACCAGACGAGAAUGAAAAUAUCAAAGAUCAGGAAGUAUCUAAAGUGGUGACUCUUCAGCAGAAUGAUGACGUUGAAGAUAAAGAUGACGCCACAAAGCACGAAGCAGAAGACAACAUAGCGGGUGAUGUAGAGGGAGGUACUGUGGGUAAAACAGAACUAAGCCAUGAUGAAUUACAAGCAGAAACAUUUAUAACUGGAAACUACAGAAGAGACGAACAAGACACAAAAAAGAUUGUGAACUCUUCUGAAUUUGAACAGCAAGAAGAAGAACAAAGAGUAGAGCGUGGUUUUGACCCUCUGACUAUCCCGGAGAUGGAAGUUAGUCAAAAUGUCCCAAAAUAUACGGUAUUAGACAUUGUGGAACACAACAAGACAGCGGGGACCGCUGAAUGGUUCCGGUUAGGCGCAAAGGUCUACAACCAGACGAUUAUGUAUCCCAUAAUUGAGAAAAGAUUGAAUCAGGGUAAAGAAUACUUUGAGUACGACUGCUUUACCAGCUACCCGCCCUUGAAGGCCAGAUACUACGGUGUCACGAGGAGAGAGCUGCGCGCUGUAUUGGCCGCGUGUCACAUCGGGACUCACGUACCCGUCCCACGUGACAUUUACCUUGCAAGUCUGCUGGAGGGUGUGGUCGCAGCGCUCGAGGAACUCAAAGUUUCCGAAACGGAAACGGAGCACUUUGUAUCCGACUUCCGGGACCAGCUGCUCAGGUGGAAGGAGCAAUAUCCAAAACAUGACGUUGGCAAUGAAUUACCGCCAGCCGGAAGGGAUCCCAACGCUGAACCAUUUCCACUUCCGCCGGCCAUCAUGGCGAACCCGCUCGUGUUCCAACCUUGGGCACAAGAGUCUAAGUUUGACACUGAGUUGGCAGACGACAUUUGGGAUAACUCACCGAACCAUUUCUCUGACCUGUGUUCUAACUCGCACGAAAUAUUCGCGUCACAGGUCGCGCACGGUCACGACCCAGAAGGGGCAGUUCCGCUCGAUUUGACGAUAGAUGGUGCUGUAGCCUGGUUUGAAGUGGAACUAGAUCUCGUGAAAAACGACAAUACCACGCCUGAACAGGACGAGAUCUGGCAAACGCGAGCCACUAGAAAUGAUUUAGACGAUGAAAAGCGCAUGGAACGGCGGCGUAUAAAGAUUGGUAAAAUCCUGACGACUCGGCAUGAGUGGGAACCAGAGAAGGUUCAGCCUUUUACUGGGUUUGCGAAUCUACUUAAAGCCCAUUGGGAGACUUUUCAAAACCUGUGUAAUCAAGAGUGGAACCCGAAGCCGCCGAAAGAAAUACCUGAUGUAAGCCAAUCAUGGAUUAUCGCCCGAGCCUCUGCGGAUAGGACCCGCAAGCAACAAGAACCGGAAGGCCAAGCCAAUGUGAGUGGGUCCGACCAAAUAGACGCCAAGCCGCAAAGUCCCGGAAAUGACCCCGCGCUUGCGCCAGGACAAUCGGAAGCGGAAAGGCUCGUGCUGGACGGUGCGGCACCGGAAAUGGAGACGAUGGACAGCGGGCUGGAUCUCGAGUGUCCGGACACACAGAGUACAGCGAGGUCUGUCUAACGGGAAAUUGUUUCACUCUUGCAAGCAAACUGUGAUUAUACGUUUUCUGUGUUCCUGGCCUUGUUCAUUUCCACAAAAUGACUUUAACUUAUGAAAAAGUAUUUGUUCAUAUUUAAAUUAGAUACGUUUUGUUAUGUAUUUUUAUCAAUAAAAUUCCAACAAGACAGUUUUUCCUCCGCUGGCACUUCAAUCGGCCGUACGGUUUUAACAUUGUCUUACUGUUUACCCUCAUUUUAGAUAUGUUUUCGAAACAUUGUUUUCGGGAUUAUGAGUCGCUUACCUCAAUGUCUGCAUAGUUUGGUAUUUUUUAGUUUUAAAAGACACCGUACCUUGGACCAAUAACGAACUACCUGACUGUAUACAAUUAACGAAUAGAGUUAUGGGAAGUAACAACGUCGAGCUACUUUUCGUCUUACAAAACGAGUUACUUCCCUUACACUUGAAACUAUCGCAGUGUGUACGGUUCUAAUUUAGAAAUUGUGCACCAGCACAUACUUCAAAUAUGUAUAUGUUUUUAAUUGUAUAUUUAAUUGAUUGGUUCAAACUAUUGGAAUAUUUGACUAAAUGAUAAAUCUGACUUUAGUAGAAGGAAUGCUGAAAUUAUUCCCAAAUGGAGCGAAGUUUGUUUUAAUAUGUUGUUGUUUUUUUAGUCAGAAAGUUUUUUUCAAUAAACAUGCUAUACGUUUUAAGAUUUUUGAGAUGUCUGCGGUUUUUACAUCAUUUAAAUUCUAAUCAAAAUUGAUGCCGAAAAUAGUUGCUAUUCUUAUAUAAUAAUUGAUAGCAACAAUUCAAUUGUUGUUCUUGCUAAUUGAAUUAGAGAGCUUUUGGAAUCAAUUGAAGAGAGCUCAAUUUCAAUAUGUUAGGAAAACAAAUGAUUUGUAGAUAACAAAUCCGUACUUAUUUUCUUGAAAGUAUAUUAAAAUAUCAUAUCUAGAAUUUUUGAUAUUUACCUUUCGUUUAUUUACCUUAUUUUAAAUCUCUAUUUUAAAUGAAGUUUUCAUUUUAUUGACUGUUUCGGAAUUCGUAUUAUUGCGUUUUUAUUAUUAUCAUUAUUUAUUUUUUUUUUAAUUGAUAAAAGUGCUAACUCAUUAUGUGAUGUAUAAAAAUCAACAUUUCUAUAUACUGUUUAUACCUGUAUUCUUUUUCGACAUUCAUAAUUAUGUUAUUACAUUGUUUAACAUGUCUAUGGAUGAUAAACUAUUGUUUAAGUCCAAAUAAAAUAAUGUGAUCCUGA